ACCGCGCUUGCGUGCUGUUCGGCGCCGUGCUGUCCUAGAAUUGCAGUCAUGCCCAGCAUAGGGAGCAUAGCCUACUAUGCUACACACCCGACCCAGCUGCGGUCAAUAAUACAAUGGAAGGUGUGGCACAAUCCUGUGCACGAGCUCGACGAGUCUAAAGAGACGGCAAGCCUCCAGCGAUGUUUUCACUUUCUGAGAUUGACUAGCCGGAGUUUCGUUGCUGUUAUUCUGGAGUUGCAUCCAGAGCUCUUGGUACCCAUCAGCCUGUUCUACCUAGCCCUACGAGGCCUGGACACAAUAGAGGAUGACAUGACGAUACCCCUGGAGAAGAAGGAGCCGUUACUGCGAGAUUUUCACAACAUUCUCGAGAAGGACGGUUGGAACUUCACGGAGAACGGUCCGAACGAAAAAGACCGGCAAUUGCUGGUUGAAUUUCACGUUUUCGUCGAGGAAUACAAAAAGCUCAAGCCGGCCUACAAAGCCAUCAUCAAGGAUAUUACCGAGCGUAUGGGCAACGGUAUGGCAGACUAUGCAAAGAAUGCGGAACAUAACAUCGCCGGUGUGAACACUAUCCAAGACUACGAACUUUACUGCCAUUACGUCGCUGGACUUGUGGGUGAAGGCCUCACUCGUCUUUUCGUCGAAGCUGGGUUGGCGAAUCCUGCCUUGCUCAAAAGGAAAGAUCUCCAUGAAUCCAUGGGUCAAUUACUGCAGCAGGUCAACAUCAUCCGUGAUGUAAGAGAAGACUUCGACGACAAGCGACGAUUCUACCCCAAGGAGGUUUGGUCCAAGCAUGUGGACAACUUUGAGGAUAUCUUCAAACCCGAGAACAAAGCGAAGGCCUUGGCCAUCAACUCGGAAAUGACUCUGCUGGCCCUGAACCGCGCUGAUGAUUGCCUGUACUACCUCGCGGGUCUCAGGGAACAGAGCGUUUUCAACUUCUGCGCUAUCCCCCAGUCCAUGGCCAUGGCGACGCUGGAAGCGUGUUUCCAGAAUUAUGACAUCUAUCUCAAGAACGUCAAGAUAACGAAGGGCGAUGCUUGCCAAUUGAUGAUCGAAUCGACACAGAAUCUCCAGCUGGUCUGCGAGGUUUUCAAGAGAUACGCCCGCAAGAUACAUCAGAAGAACAACUUCACUGACCCGAACUUCCUCAAGAUCAGCAUUGCGUGUGGGAAGAUUGAACAAUUCAUUGAGACCAUCUUCCCGUCACAGAAGCCACCGAUUGACGCGAAGCAGAACCCAGCCAGUGCGCAGGAAGCCGAGCGACUCAAGAAGGAGGCUGAGGAAGCGAAAUGGGACAACAUCUAUAUGAUAGGUGCCGUUGUGGCAACCAUCUUUGUGAUCACUGGAACAAUGCUAUUGACCGCUUGGUUAGCUGGCGCACGGUUCGACAUUGCCUUUGCUCAGUUCAAACAGCAGAUAGGGCAGCUGUUGGGCUCAGGCGAUCUCCGCAACAGCACAAGCCCAAAGGUAUCUCCAGAAGGCCACAGUGAACUGUAG